UACAGUGCAGCAAGUGUAGAAACUUCUCUACUUGAUCCAUACUGCUUUAGUAUUAUAUAAUUAAUUCCGUACAAUCUAGCUAGUAAAAUUGUGAUUCUUUUGUUACUCUCCUUCACUGUCCACAUCGUUCAAGUUGUUCAAGCAUAAAAGCAGAACAAACAACCUUCUUUAAGAAGUUCUUCGCGCGCUCUCUCUCUCUCUCUCUCUCUUUCUCUCUCAAAAAUGCAGAUUCUCUAAACCACUAACUAGGUCAUACAAUCUUAUCAACAUCCAAGGAUGAAGAAAAUAGAUGUGUUCUGUGCGUCUCACGCUUCACCAGCCAUAUGCAUGAGCAUGGAUCAACCUUCUUCCUCCUCCACCACUCAACUUGGUGGCCGGACCCUUGAUCGCUACAACCCCAUCAUCAGAGACCAAAAAAGAACCCCAAGAACUCUCCCUUUAGCUCCUUGUACUUCUCAACCACCCCCGAUCAACCCCGUCCCCUACCAGCUACUUCACAAGAGCAAAAAAAGCACUUCAAAGAAUAAAGCCAGUGAUCAAAGUAGCAACAAGAAGUCGAACUCUACAAAAGCAAAACCAAAACCAAAACCAAAUGAUCAAAAGACCAAGAAAAUCUCAUUCAAGCCAACUGAUAUUGAUGAUGAUAAGAAGAGAACCACUUAUAUCAAUGCCCCAAAAGAUAUAGUUAGAAGGAGCUGGGCUAAGCCUGGUGAUUUUAUUACCCCUCCUGGCUCGUCUAGAUAUCUUUUGGGAGACACAGCAUUCUUUGAUGGCUUAGCCGAUUAUGAUCCGGUUUUAGCACAGCUUGCUCCUGUGGAAUCCAACAGGAAUACUCAAGCUUUAAGUAAAGACGAAUCUACUGCUUCAAAACCAUCUUCUUCUUCAUCAUCAUCUUCAAACCCGAAUCAGGUUGUGGUUUUGAGAGUGUCACUACACUGCAGAGGCUGCGAAGGAAAAGUGAGGAAACAUCUGUCCAGGAUGGAAGGUGUGACGUCUUUCAGCAUAGAUUUUGCAGCCAAGAAAGUCACAAUUGUUGGAGAUGUAACCCCAUUAGGUGUCCUGGCGAGUGUGUCAAAGAUAAAGAGCGCUCAGUUCUGGACGUCUACAGCCCCAGCCGCUGCCUCAAAUAACACAGAAGGGAGCAAGAAAUAAUAUACUCGCAAGGGUGUGUGAGCGAAAAUUGGCCAUCUAAGUGCGAUUAGAUGCUUAAUUUAGUGUUAAUGCAAGACUUAGCAUGAGUAACUGUACCCGAAUCUUUUUUUGCUUUGAAGUUAGUGAAUAUCAAAUGAGGAGGGGUCAUCUGGUUCACUUUUCAAGAUAUAUUCUCGGGCCUGAUUUGUUCCUGCAUGGUAAAAAAAAAAAUGGAGUUUUUAUGGCAAUAUUGGAAUAAACUAAAAAAACUUCUCAGCUAUGCUCACAAAUCACAGUCGUUGCCCUCAGUUUUUUUUUUUUUUUUUCCCUCAAAGUAAAGCAAGCACUGGCCCAUUUUUAGAUCCAGUUUCUAUUGCUUCCCGGUGACAUUUCUUCUUAUAAUUGCCACGUUGACAUCAAAAUUUUCAGAUGUCAGGGGCACAAGUAAUUUACAAAAGAAAACAUGCCGGAUGCUUCUUCAUUUGAAAAACUAUUAAUGGCAGGAGUAUAUGAUAUUAGUAAAUAACAAGGGGAUCCUUCUGACGUUUUCUCCUCUU